GCCAUCGUAAACGAGUGACGUAAUCAAGUGCUCCCAUCGUUCCAGAGGGCGAGCGGCGGAAAGAUGGCGGAUCGCGGGUACAGUUUUUCCCUCACCACGUUCAGUCCUUCAGGGAAACUUGUCCAGAUUGAGUAUGCUUUGGCAGCUGUAGCCGCAGGAGCUCCAGCAGUUGGAAUUAAAGCAUCAAAUGGUGUUGUUCUGGCAACAGAGAAGAAACAGAAGUCUAUUCUUUAUGACGAACAGAGUGUGCACAAAGUGGAACCAAUCACAAAGCACAUAGGAAUGGUGUAUAGUGGAAUGGGUCCGGACUAUAGGGUACUGAUUCGCCGGGCUCGAAAGUUGGCACAACAGUACUUCCUAGUAUAUCAAGAACCCAUCCCCACGGCUCAGUUGGUACAGAGAGUGGCUUCUGUCAUGCAGGAAUACACACAGUCUGGUGGUGUUCGUCCAUUUGGUGUGUCCUUACUAAUUGCUGGUUGGGAUGAAGGAAGGCCGUAUUUGUUCCAGUCUGAUCCAUCUGGUGCUUAUUUUGCAUGGAAGGCAACAGCCAUGGGAAAGAAUUACGUCAACGGAAAAACCUUCCUUGAAAAGAGGUACAAUGAAGACCUAGAACUUGAAGAUGCUAUUCAUACAGCAAUCCUAACACUGAAGGAGAGCUUUGAAGGCCAGAUGACGGAAGAUAAUAUAGAAGUUGGAAUUUGUGAUGAGGCAGGAUUUCGCAGACUCUCUCCAGCAGAAGUCAAAGACUAUCUAGCUACUAUAGUUUAACAUUCAAUAAAGUUAUUUUUUUUAAUUUGAAAGAAAUGCUGGUCAACUACAGAUUACAAUUUAACUUUUUAUUCAGCUUAUCUGAUUUGACAAUGGUUAAAUGGUCAGUGCAAUGUAAAACUAUUGCACAAACAUCUGAUAAACCUUGUUUUAGAAAUGAAAGCAAAUUUGCAAAGGUCUGUUCAUUUAAUUUUUUUUCUACAUGUCUAUAAACAAAGCAGUUUAUACACUUUAUCGUUUAUACUUCCACGGUGCAUAUCUUUUUUUCACCUGAUGAGGCCACUGCUUUUAAUUGCAUGUUUGUCUUUUGUUGUGGUUUAAUUAACACCAUUUCUGUUUUUUACACAAGGUUUUUCUAAAAAUGUAUUUUAACCCACCAUUAUCCUAUGGAUUAGAAGAGAUUGUUAAUGAAUUUUUGAUUAAGAUCUCUUCCUACAGAACCAAUAGAAGAGAGUAUAGGGAAAAUACAUUGUAAUCUUGUCUGAUGCUUGAGCAUUUUUUGGAGUUUUCGAAUUCUACAUGCAUACCACACAAAAUUUAUUGCACAUACACCCUGAUUAGUCCAACUGGCCCAUCCCUAAAUUGUUUGUUAUAAUUCUAAAAUCUCCUGUUUUUAGCUCUAAGUGAUAAGUCCCAUUUCUAGAAUCUUGCCUAGGAAGGAAAGUUUUCCAAAGCUUUAUUUCAAUGAACUGUUUUACAAAUAUUUAACUGCAAUGUGUAAGGACUGUUGAAGAAAAUUCUCUCAAACUUUGCUGUACUGUUAACUGUACCCAUACUGUGGUGCUAAAUCAAAAGGAUUUCUGUUGAUUCAUCACCUGACUUAACUGCAUUCUUGCACUCAAAUAGCUUUAUUAACCGUUUUGAUUCAAGGGAGGGUUUGAAAAUGGUCAGUAAUGACAUACAUGAUAUUCCAUUCAUUCUGAACAAUGACUUUGUAAAUUUCCUAUUCAAUAUACAUUGUUAUCUCAGUGAUAAUCUUGGUCUAAUUUGUCCAAAUCUCUGAAUGUUCAAUGUAGCUCUUGCCUAUAGUAUCAGCUGAAGUUCACUGAUGGAGUCCUUGUACUUGAGCCAGAUGAUUUUGUCGCUGGUUGAUGCACUUCACAUAAUCCAAGCUGAUAUUUCAAUGUGCUACUAAUGAGCCACUGCACAGUUGAAUAUAGUAUAUUUGGAGUGUGUCUUUGCAUCAAAAUGACUGCCUCCAAUCUGAUUCUGGAUGUCUCAAAUUCAUAAACCUUGUUACUUUAUAGUUUGUUAGGAGUUCUUCCCUUCCUCCCCCUCCCCAUCAAACCAUUCUCCAGUUUCAGUCGUAAGACCAAAUAAUAUAGUGUGUGUGUAUGUGUGUCAAAAAUCACACUUGCAGUUGUUAACAGUCCAAUUAAUAAGAUCACAGGAAAUUUUUGAAAUUUAGGUUGAAUUAAGGGAGGCUUCCUUUCUUACUAGAGGGAAAAAAUGAAGUAAAUAUAAGAGAAAAGUGGCUUAAGCAAAGGGCAACGCUAAAAAGACUGGUAAAUUUUAUGUAGAUAGGAUGCUGAAGAUCGUCAUCCAUGAUUGCUAUUAUCAGUAUAAAUACCAGAGAACUAUAAUCAGAACAACCUGUUUUCACACCCUCUUCCUAGCAAACAAACUAUAUACGGUCCUACAAACUUUUAUGCCCUAUCCAUAUCUAAUUUUCAAUUCAGUAUUCCUGCAAAACGCGACUUAACUUUCGAUUAUGAAAGAGGCUUAUUGAAAUUUUAUUCUGCAGUUGAUUUUGGAUGGCCUGAUUUCAUGGAAUUUUAUGGACAACCAUUUGGUACAUAAAGUAAAAAUAAAGGCUAAUCCAAUUUCUCAGUUUUCAGUGUAUAGCUUGUAAAUUAUGCACUUAAUACUCAGAUCCAGGUUGUUUAAUAUUAAUGUGGGCUUCUGUCUCCAUCAACCUAUGCAAAAAUAUCUUAAAACAAUGUUUAUUGACUUGCUUAGGGAAAUAAUUUCUGCCUAUUUCCCCCCUUUUUAUGUACUAUAUUAAAUUUGCCUUUUGUCUCAGUUCUAAAGAAAACAUCAUUCUCUGGCCCUGGCACCAUUCUUAAAAUGUCCUCCAUACCCUAAUGCAAUCUCUCCUGCAAUGCAGUCACUGUUCCCUCUAAGCUGCGAAGCCAUACAGUAACUGAAAUACUCCCAACGCACGGAGCCUUGCUUGCCUCUCAGCUGGAAUUUUUUAACAUAAAAGUGCCGAGCAGUUUUCAGGCCCUGUUAAAAUUUCCUGCGCAGAGCAAUGGUUGAUCCGCGGCAGCUGUAAAAAAAAGAGGGAACGUUGAAUACAGUGACCAAAACUACACACAGUGCUUCGGUUGAAACUAAUCUUGUGUCCUCUACAGUUGAAUCGUUGCAUCUCCGCCCUUGUGUUUGAUAUUCAAUAAAGGCCGUUCUUUAAUGAACGUAUUUCAGCAA